AUGCGGCUGGAGGUAGAUAGGAAAUGCAUCGAUGAGCCAGCAGAACAUAGCAAGAGCAACCAAAGAGCUUAUGAAACUGCAUUCUGUUCCACAACAGGAGGAGAUUUAGUCAGGAGAAGAAUAAAUAAGCAACAAUUCACGAGGGAGAUGCUGAAAUCAUUAUGUCUUAUGCUGAGAAGCAUGAUCCCGCAACGAAGCAGCUCGGAGGAAGAAGUUUCUUCUGCAGUUGAUCUACUCGAAGAAAUGUCUUACAGAUUGUAUAGAAAAUUAACUGAUCCGAAAGAUGAAUUGGGUGAUGAAGUUGAUGGAGUUUCCGAGACUGAUUCUAAGGAUAGGGAAGUGUUUAUAGAUGCUUCAAGAGAUUUUGCACUACACCUAUAUCUAAAUCAUGAGGAAGUGGAGGAAUAUGACGUGUGGAGGAUUAUCCCUCGUCCACCACACACUCUAGAUUUCUCUCCAGCUGUGGUUGCAUCAGCUCUAGCACAGAGGAAAAAAAUGAUGUACAGUCAUGGCCUUUUCGCAUUUGUGUUUGUGUUCGUUUGCUGGAGAGCAGUAAAGACUCAAGAAUCCCCCGAUGAAGUUCAGAGAGGAUCCAAUGAAAACCAUCUUGCAGCGGAGCGCAUGAUGAGGUACACCCCCGACAUGCGACUGGUCCUGAAUGGUUUACUCCGGUACGAAAACGCCAUUUCCAAAAAGCCCGAGGAAUCGUUGCCUUACCCCUUCUUCCACCUAACGAACAGGAGUAUCAAAGGAUCCCUCCCACCUGUUGAUGAUCCGCUCGCCGUUCUGGCCACGGGAUUCAUGGGCUCCAGAGGGAAACGUGACGAUUAUGACGAAAUCCCCGUCUUCGCUAAUGGAUUUCCCGCCGGCAGAGGCUGAAGACAAACUGACAUUCAUUUUUUUAAGAUUAA